UCUGAAAGUGCGUUUUAGAAUGAUUACCGGCGGUGGCCAGUGGAGACAGAUUAUACAGCUCUACACAACUGUUGUUUUAAUCCCUUGAGCGAGGAGAUUUAGACAGGAGAGAGCACUGGCUUCGAACCCAGCUGCCAUAUUGUGUGGAAAAACGACGAGGGGAGUCCGGUUUUGAGAAAAAGUACUUUCCCCCAACAAACCUGACAGGACUUUUGAGGAGUUUAAAUUCGCCUUCAAGGCCACUGGCGGUGGGUUUCAUGUCGGGCAGCUAGUUGCUUCGCCAGCUGGCUGAGAAGAGAAACCGAGGCGAGUGUUCUUUAUUUCGGUAUAUUUAUUUGGAUUUGAGGUGUUCUUUCUACACGCUCAAAGAUGAAGGACCGAUUGGAGCAACUGAGAGCGACGUGCAAUCAAGAUGACGAUGAAGUGGAGAUUGCUAUGGACAAUGCAGCCUUCAUGGACGAAUUUUUCACUCAGAUCGAAGACAUCAGGAACAGCAUUGAGAAAAUUGAUGAGAAUGUUGCUGAGGUCAAAAAGCUUUUCUCAGUCAUUCUAUCUGCUCCCACAUCAGAUCAGAAAACGCAAGAUGAUUUGGAGGCAAUCACCAAUGACAUCAAGAAAAUGGCAAACAACGCAAGAAAUAAACUCAAAACUAUUGAGAGGAAUCUGGAGUCGGAAGAACAGGAGAGGGUGUCAGCUGACAUGCGGAUACGUAAAUCACAGCAUGCAGUGCUGUCUAGGAAGUUUGUGGAGGUCAUGACAAAGUAUAAUGAAGCCCAGGUGGACUUCAGGGAGAGGAGUAAAGGACGUAUUCAGAGACAACUAGAAAUCACUGGCAAGGCGACGACGGAUGAUGAACUUGAGGAGAUGUUGGAGAGCGGCAAUGCCGCUGUGUUUACUGCAGGGAUUGUGGACUCUGGCAUUUCCAAACAAGCCCUGAGUGAGAUAGAAGCCCGGCACAAAGACAUUGUUCGUCUGGAAAGUAGUAUCAAGGAGCUGCAUGACAUGUUCGUAGACAUCGCCAUGCUCGUGGAGAACCAGGGUGACAUAGUAGACAACAUAGAACAGAAUGUUUCCAAGUCAGUGGACCACGUCAUGGUUGCUAAAGAGCAGACCAAAAAGGCUAUUAGGUACCAGACCAAAGCACGUAAGAGAUUGGUGUAUGUAGUGCUGAUUGUUCUGGUCUUGCUGGCCCUGCUAGCUCUCAUAAUCGGGUUGUCUGUGGGCCUGACGCGCAACCAACGAGAUGUUUGAGUAAGACGAUUGCUAAGGAAGAUGAUCAUUAUCGGUGUCAUCAUAGCGGUGAUUGUUGUCAUCCUCCUCGCCAUCAUCCUCUCACAGACUCUAUAGCAGGACCUCAGUCAUCAUGAUCAUCUUCACUCCAUCCAUUCCCUGCGUAAAAACCAAAGAAAAGACACUUAUCGCAGCUGUACCGUAUUUAAAUCUCAUUCAUUAUCUUGUUCAAUGUCUAGAGGAAUGAGAAAAUCAGUGAAGCAUGUAAACUAAAGGGAUUUUGACCUUAAUUCUAUUGAGCUUAUUCCCUGCCUCAAAACAAAACCCAAGACGGAACCUAACAUGAGGCUCAUCAAUGUACUGCCACUCCAUUGUUGCGCAUCAUUUCAGUAUCAAGUGAUGGGAAAUGACUUUUAAUGCCCAAAAACCUAAGGACCUGGCACUCUUCUUAAAGUAUAUCUCGGUCCACUUGUUUUUUUGUUUUUUUUUUGAAACGCCUUGCCUUUUAUGAGCCUUUGACACAUUUCACAAUGUACUGGGAAUUUUAAGGUUCUUGGGAGUUUUAGCACUUUCACUUUGUUUCUGUAAUUAAACUUGUGAAUUUUACACGAAUUGUCAGAUUAUUCCGUAUUGUGUGUUGCCAACCUUGAGCCCUGAAUAUUGAAUUGAAUAAUUUUAUUAUCAUACACAACGUACAACAAACAAGCAUACCGUAAAAGGAGAAAGACAAAAAAAAUCCAUUUGAUUACCGGUGAACAUUUUUAUGCCAAAGGCCACAAGUGGUACUAACAGUACUCAAAAUGUAUGUGAAUUUAUUUGUUGAUAAACGCCAUGCUAAUAAAGUUGCACAAACACAAGGGACACAUUUCAAAGCUGUAGCCUGCUUGGUGACUUCCUGUCACAUGGGUGUUGUUUUAUUGAAAUUAGUUGAUUGAUUAUUGACCAAAUAAUUCUAAAAUGACAUACCCUAUCAAAUUUAUUUUCAUUGGAUUUUUUUUUUUUCCAAUCGAUAUUCAAAGAUCUGGUUAACACUGUACUUAUCAUUCAUAGCAGUGAACGUUCUGUGAGGCACCAGCCACAACACACUGAAAAAUAAUUCUCAACAAAGUUUUAUUCCUGCAAUUUGAUGUCGGGUUGCAUGUGUUUUUAGCUUUAAAAAUUGUUUCUGAGUCCCAACAGAACAGAUUUCUGUGCAGUGGGCCUUCUCGGUGACAGCCAUCAAUGAGUAGAACAGUUGCACAGUGUAAUCAGGAACAUCUGCCAUUAAAAGACAUUUUCAUUGGAUUGCAGUCUGAAUGUUACGUUUGUAUAAAAGAUUGCUUGAAGUCACCUUUAACAAGGAAAAAUGAGUGAUUAUACACUGUUUGACAUUCACGGAUAUAGUACUUUCAUGCAAAUUGAAGUUAUUUUCUGAAAAGAUUUGUGUUUCCUUGUAAUUGCCACAUUUGGAUCACUUUAUUAUGGUUAAGUACUAUGAAUAAUUACUGUAGGUAGGGUUUUUUUCUGUAAUGUGAUUUAAAAAAAAAAAAAAAAAAAGCCCCCCUGCCCACACACACACACACACACACA